GCAACAAGGAUGGUUAGUUUUGACCGUGCUUAUUUGUCCCAUAAAAUAUCGAUCCUAACUGGCAGUUAUUUGGGCUUUUAUGUUUGCCUACCCUUCGGUUUUGAACGGUGGUCAUUAAAUGAAGGGGUUCUGACCUGGGAGGGCCCAUGUAUUCCUUCAAUUGGUUGGGGAGCUGGGACAGUGUCUCUGGCGAUAAGGAGAAUAGGACGGAAUGUUGACCAGGGAGCACCGCCGCGGCCGUUCAGAGGAGCAGGAACCGGAGCCCGGGCUGAGUCCGAAAAAAGCCGGAUCCAGACGGUGGCUCUGGAACGGCUGGAAUUGGAAGAUGGAGGAGCCGGAAGAACCGGAGGACAGUGGGCAGUCGCUGCCUCCAGUAUACAUCUACAGUCCCGAGUAUGUCAGCAUGUGCGACUCCCUGGCCAAAGUCCCCAAACGGGCCAGUAUGGUACAUUCUUUGAUUGAAGCAUAUGCACUGCAUAAGCAAAUGAGGAUAGUUAAGCCCAAAGUAGCCUCCAUGGAGGAGAUGGCCACCUUCCACACUGAUGCCUAUCUGCAACAUCUCCAGAAGGUCAGCCAAGAAGGCGAUGACGAUCAUCCGGACUCUGUAGAAUACGGGCUAGGUUAUGACUGCCCAGCCACCGAAGGGAUAUUUGACUACGCAGCAGCUGUAGGAGGGGCUACAAUCACAGCUGCCCAAUGCCUGAUUGAUGGAAUGUGCAAAGUAGCAAUUAACUGGUCCGGAGGGUGGCAUCAUGCAAAGAACCACACUGGCCUUUCAGCUUCUCAAAUAGGCCAAGGAAGUUCUUUCCUGCCUCAGAGCUUUUGCAAUGCUGCUCUCUCUGCCUGGAAGACUUCUCCAUCUCAGUAUGGAGAUGAAGCAUCUGGUUUUUGUUAUCUCAAUGAUGCUGUCCUGGGAAUAUUACGAUUGCGACGGAAAUUUGACCGUAUUCUCUAUGUGGAUUUGGAUCUGCACCAUGGAGAUGGUGUAGAAGAUGCCUUCAGUUUCACCUCCAAAGUCAUGACAGUGUCCCUGCACAAAUUCUCUCCGGGAUUUUUCCCAGGAACAGGUGACGUGUCUGAUGUUGGCCUAGGAAAGGGACGGUACUACAGCGUAAAUGUGCCCAUUCAGGAUGGCAUACAGGAUGAGAAGUAUUACCACAUCUGUGAAAGUGUACUAAAGGAGGUAUACAUAGCCUUUAAUCCUAAAGCAGUGGUCUUACAGCUGGGAGCUGAUACAAUUGCUGGGGAUCCCAUGUGCUCCUUUAACAUGACUCCAGUGGGAAUUGGCAAAUGUCUUAAGUACAUCCUUCAGUGGCAAUUGGCAACGCUCAUUUUGGGAGGAGGAGGCUAUAACCUUGCCAACACAGCUCGAUGCUGGACAUACUUGACCGGGGUCAUCCUAGGGAAAACACUAUCCUCUGAGAUCCCAGAUCAUGAGAGACUGUGGGAAGGGGUCACCUGUUCACACAAAGAACUCUUUGGAAUACGUGCAUAUUUUCAUCCCUUAGUCUCAAAAAAGAAGGGGAAAUAUCUUAAAUGUAUAAACUGGAUUCUUGUCUAUCUUUAAAAAGUCCCAUAGGUGGUAUCUCACACCUAUGUUCUUUGGGGUCAGUCCUUGUCUUUUAGUUUCCUUUGACUAAUGUAAAACUUAAGAAACACAUAAUCACCACAAAGACAUGUCUGGUAUUUUUCCAGUGAUUAGUGGCACACAGAGGUUGGGGGAAGACCAUCUGAAAUGUAAAAUGUCAUUUGAACCUUUGCCAUUUUCUUUAGUCAUAUGAGAUAGGCUUUAACGCUUUCUGAAGCAAAGACGUCUAUUGUAGUUUUCCCAAAACAGGUUAACAGGAUACUGUCUUAGACCUGUGAGUGUACUGAUUAUCCCUUAUCUGAAGGUGUACCCCUUCUCUUCCUACCCAUUCCCACACCUGGCAGGAAGCAUGUUAUCAGAGAUCAAGAUGUCUAGUUGUAGGCCUUAGAUUAUGUGACUUAUAAUAAAGCCAAUGUAUGAACCAAUACCUGCAGCCCCACUUUCUCAAGCCAUUCUCAGGAGUAGAGAUGGUACUUUGGUUAUGUUUUGAUUUCUACCAGAUGCAGAAUCUGUACACUUGGUAACAUUAUUCUUUUUAAAGUUACUAAUUUUAAAAAAUUAGAAACAACUUAAACUAAUUUUCUCCAAUUUUCUUCUAACCACAAAUGAGGUAUAAUAUGUACCUCUGAAAAACCACUCAAUGUGUUUAGAAUACAAAUUGAAGGCAUGCUAUAAUUUGAGACAAUUUGCUAUUGUCAGGGUUAAUAGAAGUGUCUUUUCUUGACUUGACUUACUUUUGUUCAGUAUUUGGAAGGUUUAUGAAAUAUAAAGAUAAGCAAACAAAUUACAUUUGUGAACAAAUGUAAUUGCUGUUAUUGCUGUGGGACCAUCAGAUUGCAUUGUAAUUUAAAGCAUUGAGACUUUUAAAACUGAUCAAGUUAUGUCAAAAAGGAGUUUGAAACUAUAGGAGCUUGAAUUGAGAAUGAGUGUUCUGUUCCUAGGAAACAGUGCAAAUCCAUAGAUUCAUCUGUCUUAAAAGGUUGAUAAAAUUUUAAUAAAGAUGAAUAUUGCCUCUGGUA